AUGGCCACGGACAGAGGCACACAUCUGCAGCGCUCUCCCCGGGUCUCCUCUCUACUCCUCCCGCUCAUCUGUCUUCUGUCUCUGCUGGUUUCCCGACUCGACGCGGUCCCUCUGAGGCCGGGGGAGAAGGCAGACACAUGCGGGUACCAGUCGUGUCAUGUGACCAAGGCCGGCUUCCUGAACGUCCACCUGGUCCCUCACACUCAUGAUGACGUGGGUUGGCUCAAGACUGUGGACCAGUACUUCUACGGAGAGAACCUGACUGAGAACCUGACUGAGAACCUGACUGAGAACCUGACAGAGAACCUGACAGAGAACCUGACUGAGAACCUGACAGAGAACCUGACAGAGAACCUGACAGAGAACCUGACUGAGAACCUGACAGAGAACCUGACAGAGAACCUGACUGAGAACCUGACAGAGAACCUACAGAGAACCUGA